ACAUGAUGAAAGAAGCACUAGAAAAACUUCAGCUCAAUAUAGUUGAGAUGAAAGAUGAAAAUGCAACCUUAGAUGGUGGAGAUGUCUUAUUUACAGGCAGAGAAUUUUUUGUGGGCCUUUCAAAAAGGACAAAUCAACGAGGUGCUGAAAUCUUGGCUGAUACUUUUAAGGACUAUGCAGUCUCCACAGUUCCCGUGGUUGAUGCUUUGCAUUUGAAGAGUUUCUGCAGCAUGGCUGGGCCUAACCUGAUCGCAAUUGGGUCUAGUGAAUCUGCACAGAAGGCCCUCAAG